AUGGCUUCUACUCCCAAGAUCAACUCAAAAAAUCUGUCGUACGACAACGCAGCACCGCCAUUCCUUGCGGCUCUGCGCGCCCAAGCUGCUGGCGCAACUGGUCCCGAUCCACUCCUCGCUGCGCAACGGAGAUCAGCUAAGAAGCGCUCCAGCAGUGAGGAAGCCGAAGAUGUACCGCUUGUCGUGGACGAAGACGGGAACUUUGUGAAUCUUGAGGUUGACAAGGACGGCGUUGUCAAGGACACUGGAGAUCACGAUGCGGAUCCGACGGUUGUGAAAGAAGCUACCAAAGAGUCUGAAAGCAAAGCUGCUAUCGGGGGAAGAAAGCGCAAGGUUGGAAAAGUCGUUGGCGGUGAUUCUGAUGAGGCCAAAGCUGAAGGUGACGGGGUGGAUAAGAAGAAAAAGGACGUUUCUGAUAAAGACGCCGCCAAGAAUCGCAAGCCAAAGAAGAAGGCCAAGAAGAUUAAGUUGAGCUUUGAUGAAGACGAAGGCUGA